UGUCACAUUUGGCUGAAUUAAGGAACUUUCUUAUAAUAGUCCUAAAUAUACCCCUUUAUUCUCCCAAAUGUGGUAUUUUGAGCUCCUUUGACAACAAAAAGACCCUGAUAAAAAACGUGAGGAAGAUCUUGAAGAACCACCUAGAGAAAUCCACGAGUGGAACCUUGAGGCGGCGCGAUGCCUUAAAGAUUACAGGAGUUCCCUCCGUGCCACACAAAACCAUGGCUGACACUGAUGUUACUAUGGCUUUGACAUUAACACCUUCUCUCAUAGAACAGCUGAGCAAGGCAUUAGUUGAACUAGAAGCUCAUAAAGAAAGUGUUACAGAUACAGUUUCUUUUACAGAAAUAACUGAACACUUUCGCGAUCUUGAGGCAAAAAUGAUAAAGAAAUACGCUGAUCUGGAAGCUAAGGAAAAAGCUUUCAAAAGUGAGGAAUCUGAGAGUCGCACAUUACUUGCUGCACAAGAGGCAGCUAUUGCUGCAAAAGAGCAAGAUGUGUUUGACCGCAUCCAAGUCCUGAAAGAUGCUGCUGUGGCUGCCAUUGCGGAGACAAGGGCCAAUUAUCCUCCACCAUCUAUUUUUACAGAAGAUAUAAUGGAGUCCAUAGACAACAAGGUAAGCUCUUUUCAUGAUGAUAUAAAAGGGGAACCCUCUGAAAAAACAGGUGGUGACAUCACGUUCCUUCCAGAGCUGAUACAGUUUUGUGAGCAGAUGGAUACAAAAGGGCUUCUUGCUUUUGUUACUGAGAAUCAAAAUAAUAUCACUGUUUUAUGUGAGGAACUUAGUCUUGCACUUAAGACUUCCUCAGAGCCGGGUCAUAUAGUUCUUAAUUCAUUGGAGGGAUUCUACUCUCCUUAUGAUACUAAGGAUACUGCGGCCCUUCAGGGCAUGCGCCAAUCCUGUAUUAAUAUUAUGGAAGCCAUGAACGCCAUGUUGGCAAGGGCUGAUGUGGGUUUUGAUCACCUACUUAAUUAUGAAAUUAAGCAGCAAGCUAGGGCUAUUGCUGAUGAAUGGAGGCCUAAGUUGGCUCAUGAUGGCAUCAUUGAUGCUGCCAGUGGAAAGUCAUUAGAAGCUGAGGCAUUCUUGCAGCUCCUUUCGACUUUUAGAAUUGCUUCAGAUUUUUCGGAAGAUGAACUCUGCAAGUAUGUUCUUGCAGUUUGUGAGCGAAGGCAAGCACCUGAGCUCUGCCAUUCUCUUGGUUUAGCACACAAAAUGCCAGGUAUUAUUGAUGAAUUGAUCAGGAAAGGGAAAUUGGUUAGUGCAGUACAUUUUGUGCACUCCUUUGAGCUUGUGGACAAUUUCCCGACUGUACCCCUUUUGAAAACUUACUUGAAGGAUCUAAGGAGAAAUUCACAAGCAAAACGCAUUAAUGCACCCAAUUCAGAAAGUGUUCAGAAUGAAGGGAACAUGAAAGAACUUGCAGCUCUGAGAGAAGUGAUCUACUGUGUUCAGAAGUACAAACUCGAGGCUGAGUACCCACUUGACCCACUUCAGAGACGGGUGGGUCAGCUAGAAAGAGUUACGGCUGAUAGGAAGAGAUUUCGUGAGCCAACCAGUAAACGUGAGUCCACUAGUAAACGCGAGUCCACUAGUAGACAUGAGUCCACUAGUAAACAUGAGGCAACCCAUAGACUACCACCCAAUAAGAAGCCACAUUUAAAUGGAGGUGGAGUUUAUGGGCGUCACAGUCCUGCCCUACCUUACUUGGCGGUUAAUGGGCGGCAGGCUCCUGUUCCUGCUCCUGCUCUUACUCCAGUCUACAUGGAUAGAGGACUAUAUGGUGCACCAUCAUCACAGAGGUAUCCUCAUGCCGAUCCCUACGUCUACCAGCCAGCUCCCUCUCCCCAUAACCAGCCAACAUACAGUCAGCAUGUUUAUGAACAAAAUGCAUAUUAUUACCCACCAGAUAAUAGAACUGUUGCUGCUGCUGCUACACCAUCACCAUCCGCUUACGGUGGCUAUACAAGUAACGCUGGCUAUACAAGUAAUGGAGGUGGCUACCCAAGUAGUGGUGUACCGUCUUCCUAUCAACCAUAUAUGUAACUUACAAAAACAACGCCGUUUCUAGGUUAGGGUGUCUUCUCGGUUCUAAUGCUACAUACGUUACAGUAUUAAACUAUUCCAUGACUUUAUUAUGAGGCAAAGCAUUUUAGAUUAUUUAACUUAAUUUUGUAUUUCCUCCCUUCUAAGUGGCUUGUAAUAUGUUGCCAGUCCAUUAGAUAUGGUUUUUAAACUUUUAA